AUGCUGCAGGAGCUGGCACCCAGCACAAGGCGGAAAGAUUCCUUUGCCCAGGACUUUUCUCCAUCACGGGGUCACGGGGACCCGGAGCCGGUGCCCAGCUUCUUAUUGAAGGAUCCUUUCCAGGAACCCUCGCCGGCAGGCCUCUCAUUAAAGGAUCCCUUCCAGGAGUUGUCGGCCACCACCAAGGGAAAGGCUCCAGUUUCCCAGGAAUCCUCGCUGACAGGCCUCUCAUCAAAGGAUCCCUUCCAGGAGUUGUCGGCCACCACCACCAAGGGAAAGGAAUCCUCGCCAGCAGGCCUCUCUUUCAAGGAUCCCUUCCAGGAGUUGUCGGCCACCACCAAGGGAAAGGCUCCAGUUUCCCAGGAAUCUUCGCUGACAGGCCUCUCGUUAAAGGAUCCCUUCCAGGAGUUGUUGGCCACCACCAAGGGAAAGGAUCCAGUUUCCCAGGAGCCUGCACCUGCGAGACUAUCAUUGAAGGAUCCCUUCCAGGAUGCGGUCCUGUCCGAAAAGAAAGAUCAAAGCAAGGAUCUCAAGCUGCCUGUCGAGCAUGAGGUUCGCGCAAAGGCCAUGGACAUCGCCAAGCAGAGUGAGGAUCUCAAGCUGCCGACCCAGCAUGAGGUUGCCGCAAAGGCCAUGGACAUCGCCAAGCAGAGUGAGGAUCUCAAGCUGCCGACCCAGCAUGAGGUUGCCGCAAAGGAUCUCAAGCUGCCUACCCAGCAUGAGGUUGCCGCAAAGGCCACACGCGAAGAUUUGAAGCUCUUUGCAGCUUUUUUCCUGUUUUGA